GAAGUCCAAGUGGUGGAUAGAUGGGUUUUUGUGUUAGCGGUUGAUUAAAAAUUAUCAUUUCUAUCGUAGAGGUACGACUAAAUCCUCGUAUCACCUCCAUAGUUGAUUAGUGAAUCCGAGUGAGUGACCUAGCCACGGUACGAUUGAACGGCUCUGGCUAAGAAGAACUGGUUUUACUACUUAUAUUAUGUAGGUAACAUUGGCAGAGAUUUGUCGCACUGCUGGAGGUCGGGUGGUAUUCAGUAACACCAUUCGCGCUAAACCCGUUAGACCUUAGAGGUAUAUCGGAGACUCUCAAGUAUGGUCCUGUCGUAUGUGACCCCUUACAUCCGGCACAUCGUUGUGAUAGGGCUGGCCGCGGUCCUGUUCGCCAUCCUAUCGCGAGAGCCACCUAAAGGAGCUCACGACGAGCAAGCGACGAACUUCCAAGAACACCAACGACUAUUCACGGAACAGGAACUGGCCCAGUACGAUGGCCGUGAGGGAAGCAAGGGACUCUAUCUGGUUAUCCUUGGAUACGUGUACGAUGUGCAGAAAGGCGUGAAGCAUUACGGCCCCGGUGAGGCGUACAACAUGUUCGUGGGUCACGACGCAUCCAGGUCGUUCAUUUCCGGGGACUUUGAGGAGUACAGCCCGGAACUGUCCGACGUGUCUUCGCUGACCGAUUCGGAGCUGAAGAGCAUCGUCAAGUGGAAGUCGUUCUACGAUGAGAACUACACCUACAAAGGCAAGCUGAUUGGACGGUAUUUCGACGAGCGAGGAGAGCUCACCGAAUACCACAAGGUCGUCCUGAAGCGGGUUGCCCGAGCUGAAGCAGAGGAAGCCAAACCAAGGCAGGAGUUCCCGUCGUGUAACGUGGAAUGGAAGCAGGAAACGGGGACGAAAGUGUGGUGCUCGUCGAGAAGCGGGGAUGGCGUGGAACGGGGAUGGGUGGGCAAGCCCCGGAGAUACGCCAAACAGGAGGACAAAUCUCCGUACUGCGUGUGUGUGCCGGAUGGGACGGAAUCCGACGCGUUAGUGCCUUUCGAGAACUGUAACGCUAGCAGCGAGAGCUGUUAUGUGAAGGAGGAGUGAGAUUACCUGAAGUAUAUUAAUAAGGAGCUGCCAGCGCAACAAUGCAAUAAAAGAGGAUGUGUGUUAAAAUGU